AACGCACGAAGAAGAACGCGCGUCUGCACAUGUGCAAACAGCAGCGAGAAGAGCGCGAGGUUCCGGUUCUGUUCGGUCCGGCUUGUAAACAUGAAGGACUUGAUUCAGCUGCCGGCGGCGGAGGAGGAGCGGGGACCCGCCAAGAAGAGGACCCGGACCCCGAGGCCCGACCCCGGGGACGAGGAGGAGCAGCGGCGGACUCACGUGAAGAGGCUGUCGGCCCUGGGCGAGCGGGACGGCUCCGUGAAGCUGCUCGAGGAGCUCGUGUUCGGGGCGGAGGACGAGCUGCUGGAGCGCCUCGUGGAGGGCUCCACCCGGGAGGACCAGGAGCCGGCUGGAGCCUCAUUGGUGGAGGAGCCAGUGGAUGGGUCAGGUGACUCAGAGGAUGAAGACGAGGCUCCUCCUCCUGCGAGCAGAGCGGCCGUCUGGGUGGACGAGGAUGACGAGCGGGAGGAAGAGGUGGACAUGACGCACCGUUACCGUAGAGACCUGAUCAGAGGGGAGGCGGAGUCCACCAUGACCAAUCAGAAGCUCCAGCAGAGGAUGAGGGAGCAGUUCCAGAAGGCGAUGGGAGGAGCUCCAUCGUGGGCCGAGAAGAGGAGGAAGAAGAAGAAGAAAGAUGAGGAUGAAGAGGAUGAAGAGGAGGAGCUGCUGAGGAGGACGGGGAACUUCGUGGUUUCUUCAGACCGUUUGCCGGGCAGCGUCUUGAGAAUGAAGAAGUGUCUUCAUGCUAACGGCUCGCGGCCGUCGUUGGACCGACUGACCACCGUGCAGUUCCAUCCCGUCGCUCAGGUCGUCAUGACGGCCGGCCUCGACCAAUCGGUGUCCCUCUUUCAGGUGGACGGGAAGACGAACCCAAAGAUCCAGAGCAUCCACCUGGAGCGGUUCCCCGUCCACAGAGCCCGCUUCAGCCGGGACGGAGACACGGUGAUCGCUACCGGCCUGAAGAACAAGACCUUCUACCUGUACGACAUGAGGGAGGGCCGCGUCACACCUGUGCACACGGUGCGAGGUCUGAAUGAAGCGCGAGUGAAGGAGUUCUCAGUUUGUCCUGAAGGAGGCGCUUUGCUGCUCACUGGAACGAGAGGAUACCUGCACCUCCUCACACUCAAGACGAAGGAGGUGGUCCGCAGCAUGAAGGUCAACGGCGCCGUUGUGGGCGUGGCCUUCUCUCACGACGGCAGCAAAGUGUUUGCCAACUCAGAGGACGGGGAGGUGUAUGUGUGGGACAUGCGCAGCAGUCGGUGUGUGAACAGGUUUACAGAUGAAGGCUGCGUGAAGGCGACGGCCAUCGCCGCCUCCCCCAACGGACAAUACCUGGCCUGCAGCUCUCAGUCGGGUGUGGUCAACGUCUACUCCCAGGAGGCGUGUCUUAAUCUGGCCAAUCCCAAGCCUCUGAAAGCAGUGAUGAACCUGCUGACCUCUGCGACCUCGAUGACCUUCAACCCGUCGUCUGAGAUCCUGGCCAUCGCCUCCCGAGACGAGGACGAGGCUGUGCGCCUGGUCCACAUGUCCAGCCUCAGCGUCUUCUCUAACUUCCCCGUCUCCAAGAGGAAGAGUAUUUAUCGAACCAGCUGCCUGGACUUCUCCCCUCACAGCGGCUUCUUCUCAUUGGCCAACAACAAAGGACACGCCCCUCUGUACAGGUUGCUCCACUACAAGGACUUCUGAGGACCUGGUUCACAUGAGCCCGGUUCUUUCUGGUCCCAACUAGAACCUGGUGGGUCAGGAGCCAGACCCUAGACCUCAACGAGUCCUGGUGGAGAUGAAAACAUGAACAUGUUUGAUUUAUAUUGUUUGUAUGAAGAUAUUCUAUAAAAGAACUAAAACUA